GCAGGCACGCGACGAAUUUCUGACGGCAGUGACGACGAACGGCUCGAUGAAUCUUGGCUUCUUCUCGGGCAGCCCGCUCGACGUCGAGAUCCUCCUGGACGGCGAGCACGAGCGGAAGCAGCUCGAGAUCAAAGCAGAUGGCAAGGACAAGCGAGAGCGAUGUCCCAUCUACUAUGACGGCGAGAGCGUCAAGGGACUCGCUACAGUCAGAGUACGGGACGGCAAAGCGAUCAAGCAUGAAGGCAUCAAGGUCGAAUUUGUGGGCAGCAUAGAGAUGUUCUACGACCGAGGGAAUCACUACGAGUUCCUCUCACUAGCGCAAGAGCUAGCAUCUCCCGGCGAGCUCAGAUCAGCUCAGACGUUCGAGUUUGAGUUCAAGAACGUCGAGAAGCAAUACGAGUCCUACACGGGCAUCAAUGUCAAACUGCGCUACUUUGUGCGCAUCACACUCUCGCGGAGGAUGGCAGACGUAGUCAAAGAGAAGGAGCUGUGGGUGCACUCUUAUCGGAUGCCGCCAGACUCGAACAAUUCGAUCAAGAUGGAAGUCGGCAUCGAGGACUGUCUCCAUAUCGAAUUCGAGUACAACAAGUCAAAGUAUCAUCUCAAGGACGUCAUCGUCGGCAAGAUAUACUUUCUGCUCGUGCGCAUCAAGAUCAAGCACAUGGAGCUCUCCAUCAUCAGGCGGGAGACAACAGGCGCGGCGCCGAACCAGUACAACGAAAGCGAGACGAUCACCAAAUUCGAGAUCAUGGACGGUGCACCCGUCCGCGGCGAGACGAUACCCAUCCGACUCUUCCUGGGCGGAUUCGAGCUCACGCCGACGUUCAGAGAAGUCAACAAACGCUUCUCUACGCGCUACUAUCUCAACUUGGUCUUGCUGGACGAAGCCGCACGACGGUACUUCAAGCAGCAAGAGAUUACGAUCUUUCGCAAACCCGAGAACUAGCCCCGCAGUGACGCUGUACCAACAUGUACACAAACCGACGAAUGCAAUUCCCCAUACAGCGAAAC